UGUCUAUUGCAGACAAAACAUAUUUGUAGGGUGCAGUACUACUUUUCCAUAGUUCACUUUGCCUAAGUAUACGCCCUUUAAAUCAGUAAUUUGACAUCCCUGUAGAAUUAACUCGUGAGGAAAGAAUUUGAUGCAUAAAUGUUGGAUGUAGCUGAUUGUCUUUAUUUUUUAUGAGGCGUUUGACGAAAAUGGGUUCCAGUAUGACGAAAUAGUGCUCCACCCUAUGUAGGCACGUCAGUUUACAAAUCCCAAACCGAAGUUAAAGAAACCACCAAACCUCCAAACAAAGAUUAUAACGCUUCGCUUCACAUCAUUCCAUUAGCCUGAAGACCUUUGUUGCCCGUUUUCCCAAACACGAUGACUUGCUCCAUCGAAGCACUCAUCGUUUAGACUGCCCAUUCUGUCCACUGACUAUGACGCACUCAAUCGAGUGGUAAAUAAAUCAAAGUCAAUCACGUAUACGAACCGACGGACGGUAACUGAUCCUUGAAGCUGCCCACGUGCGCCGCUGAUGGAAUCACUGACCGAAAUCAUUGUUGCACUGAUAAAAAAUUCACUCGAUGCGAACUCUUCCUCCAUUGCGAUUCGAGUCUGCUUGGAACUGUUUUGGAUUCAGAUAUUGGACAACGGCAAUGGAAUCAGCGAAGAGGAUCUCCAGAGUAUUGGAAAAUGUUGUCUGAUGAACAUUGACCACGAUCGGAAAAAGCCAUCGAAACAAUUCGCCCGUCUGACAGGCGAAUCCUUGUUGUACCUCAUCGGUAAAUGCGAGGAAGUGCUGAUUGAAUCCGUAGACGAAUGCAACGGCAAAAACAACAAAUCCCACUCGCGUCUAUUCAAACAACAAACAAACAUCGCAGCUAACGACGGUUCCCAGCGGAAUUUUCAACCGGUUUCGCAAUACCACUACGUCCGCAAAUCGCGGGGUACCACCGUUACAUUGAAGAACAUUUUCUUCCAAGACUCGGACCGGAAGCGUAACCAUUCCAUUAAAGAGGAUUAUAGCAAUCUGCUGGUGAUUUUGCGUUCAUUGGCGCUGAUUCACUACGACCGUUCGUUCACGCUACAGGAUUUGGGAACUUCGGAAGUGGUUUUCAAAAGCAAACGGCUUACUGCUUUUCUCCCGAAGUACUGUGAACUUUUCCACUUGACAGAAAGGGACAUCGAUGUGACUACCUGCAGAAAAGAUGACGUCCUAAUCGAAUGUUAUUUCAGUGAGCGUCAGAUCAGACGCGCGUUAAGUCCAAUUCAUUUUACUUUUAUUAAUGGUUUACCCAGCAGCGAGCUCUCGCCAACCGUUGACAAAAUUCUCACGCAACAAAAACACGACAUAGAUUUCGUUAUAACAGUAACUUUUCCAAAAAACGACGUUUUGACCCAACUCAACCAGCCAAUCAUCAAGAAUUGUUUGCUUCGCUGCCUAAAUCAAUACAAAGUGUGUUUGAAGCAGAGAAGUAAAGAACAGCAACAUUCCAUUAGUCCUUCUGUUCUUGUGAAGAUUGCACGAACACCGACCAGCCUUCAAGCGAUGAAAGAUUUCGCGGAAAAACGCAAACAAAAUCGAGACGAGGAAGACAUCCUUUAUGGGCUCAGCCAGCCGCUAGACGACCGGCAAACCACUUUCGAUAAGUGUACAAAAUGGCUUAAAACAAAUGACUUCGGCGUCCUAGCGGGUGCUAGUCCCGGUCCCAAAAUUGAAAAUCCAAUGUCCGUGAAGCCAUAUGUUGAAAACGGAACAAGACAAAAAAUAAACUUUUUCGAGGGUCAUACUAGCUCCGGAGCCCCAAGAAAUAAGAAGGAUGGUGAUAAACAAAAGUCGUCGGCUCCUAAAAAUAAGAUCUCAUUGCAAUUACCUAUUCCAAAGUUUUACUCAAAGGAUGCGAAAGCUCAUGAACAUUCUUUAAAAACAACCAAUGUAAGAAAAGAUCGAGAUGAACAGAAAAAGCAGGAAUUAAACAACGUUGAACUUCCAUCAGAACGAGUGUCAUUUCUAAACAUAGCAGCGGAGAUAAACUAUAGCGAAAUAACUAUGCCUGACGACACCACACUUUUUGAGCCAACUAAAAAACUGCAAAACUUUACGAAGCGGGAAAAGAAAAAGCUUUUACAUUCCUCACAACAUGCCUUUUCCCCACUUCCAGGAGAAACAAUAUUAGGAAACAAACAGCUUACAGUCUUUUGCGAAUUUGGAGAAUCCAACAACUUAAAUGAUGCAACAAUCGACAGCCCAGAACCAAUAGAGGCCCGGAUUUGUGUUCAACUACCAGCAGAAACAGUCGAACCGAAAAUCGAGCAUUCUAGCUUUCAAUGCUACGACCAUGUUUCCCCUCGUAGCACUUCUAACAGUGGAAUUUAUCACGCUUUCGCAGAACCUCUUUUCCUAGAACCGGCCCCGGAAGACGACACUUAUAACAUCAGCUCACCAAAGGCACGGUUCUACGACCUCGAUUUGGUGGAGUCAUACAUAGACUUUCGUAAUGCGUGCCAGGAAACUAUUAAAAACUUCAAAAUAGCUAUUGAACCGAUCGACUCAUCCGAUUCCUCCGACUGUGAAUGUUGCAGUACUAAUCAAUUUGACCGUGAAAUUGAAAAACUUCGUCAGCCAUUUCACAGACCGAGAAAUAUUUUCGCAAAAGUUGGAAAUCGACGCGACGAUGCUAGUUAGCUACGAUGAAAGAUAAUUCAAUCAGUGUACACAGCUUUAUAAUGUUAGAUGAAAUUUAAAGCAAUUAAUAAAUUCAUUAACGUUCUGAAGCGCUCUGAUUUUUUUUAAUAGCAGAUUAAAACUCCUU